AUCCCUUGUUCACUUUGUCUUAAACCAGUAAGUCAUCCAUGGCUGCUCCUAAUCCAUUUGAUAUGUCUACUGGUUUUCCACCAAAGCCCUUCCUCAAACCUUAUCAACUCCGUCACUGCAUCCAGGCUCUCAAGUUUUUCAAGGCCAAACAGACUGAUGAGAAUUCGAUUAAGAAAGAGUUCUCCCUUUUGCAGGACAACCGGAUGAGCGUGGAAGAAGUUAAUAGUAGGUGCUUGGAGGCUAAACUACAUGCCAAUCAUACCAAAAACCGCUAUGAAAGAGUUGUACCGUUUGAUGCAAAUAGGGUUGUUCUUGAUCGAUGCAAAGAUCGCAGGUCAUCAGCAACGGGAUACAUUAAUGCUAGUUAUAUAACAUCAGAGGCUAAUGCUAAUCCAUCUGAAAGUGUUUCACGUUUCAUAGCCACUCAAGGCCCAAUUCCUCAAACCUUUGAUGAUUUCUGGGAAAUGGUACUCCAGAAACGUUGUCCAGCAAUUGUCAUGCUCACUCGGCUAGUUGACCCACCCAAGGUCGAGAUGUGUGGGGACUAUUUUCAAGGAGAUAAUGGUCGGGGAUUGUUUGGCAAUAUAUGUACUCUUACCAACAAAAUAAUAAUAACUGACAGUUCACUUGAGUUGCGCCAUCUGGAGGUGAACUAUGAAGAGUCUGAGGAUCCUCCUCUGCCUGUUUUGCAUAUCCAAUAUCCUGAAUGGGCUGAUAACGAAGCUCCUAGUGACACCUUGGCUGUUCGAGAAAUCUUUAGAAGACUAUGUCAUCUGCCAUUGUCCCAAGUGCCAAUUGUGGUCCAUUGCAGUGCUGGCAUUGGUAGAACUGGAACAUAUUGUGCAAUUCAUAACACCAUCCAAAGAGUUUUAGUCGGAGACAUGUCUGCUUUGAAUCUUGCUGAAACAGUAAGUACUUUGAGGUCCCAGCGGUAUGGGAUGGUCCAAUCAUUGAAACAAUAUGAAUUCAUCUUCAAAGCUAUUGUCGAUGAACUUGAAGACCUUAUCUCGGGUUCUACCACUCAAGAAAGCUAGACAAUGAUGGCAUCUUAUCUAUUUAUUUCCUUGUGUUUGUUUCAAUUUCUUUUCUUCUUAUAAAUAAUGGUCUUCAUUUGGGGGUAUAUAAGGAAACAACUUCUAGAUUCCUUUGGGUGGUGGUGAAGUGUUUGUAUAUCCUAUCUUUUUAAGACUCCGUUUUGUUUGGAAUUUAUUGGGUUCAU